GAGAGAGAGAGAGAGAGAGAGAGAGAGAAAAAAAAAACAGAGACAGAGAGAGAAGAGGAGGGAACAAGCUGACAGCAAUACAGGAAGAGCAGGGCUGCCAGGCGAUGUGCUGUUAACUGAAGUACUAAUGCUCCAGACCAUUUACGAGGCCGACACUUGUUUCUCUGCAGACGGCAUCAGCAAACACUGGCUGCCUCUGACCCUUCACAACUCCGAUAUGCACAACGUGAACAACUCAGUGGACAUUAAGCCUGAGGUUCCCUUGGCUCUUGAUCCAAGUUCCCCAUUGGACCUACGUAUGGACAUUAGGAUGCAGGGUUCUGCUGCAGACUCCAGUGUGUGGGAAAGACAGCUUCAACAAGAGCUGCUCCUCAUUCAAAAACAACAGCAAAUUCAGAAACAGCUGCUCAUUAAUGAGUUCCAGAAACAACACGAGAACCUGGCCCGCCAGCACCAGGCCCAAAUACAGGAGCACCUAAAGCUCCAGCAGGAACUGCAGGUGAUGAAGCAACAACAGGAGCAGCUGGAGAAGGAGAGGAAACUAGAGCUACAGAGUCAGGAAAGAGAACUGGAGAGUCAUCGGCGUGAACAACAAGUGCUGGUUCUCCGCAACAGAGAGCGGAGCAGAGAGAGUGCGGUGGCCAGCACUGAGGUCAAGCAGAAACUCCAAGAGUUUCUGUUGAGUAAAUCCACCAAAGACGGCACAUUAAAUGGGCCCCUGCAGAAAAUCACACAGAGCUCCAAAUUGUGGUACAUGGCCUCCCAUCACACUUCUCUGGAGCAAAGUUCACCUCCUUUGGGAGGAGCUGCGUCCUCAUGCAAGCUCUCCCUGCCCUCCUCACAGGACUACAGGGAUGAUUUUCCUCUGAGGAAGACAGUCUCAGAGCCCAAUCUGAAAGUGCGGUCCAGGUUAAAGCAGAAGGUUGCAGAGAGGAGGAGCAGCCCGCUCCUCAGGAGGAAGGAAGGGAGCAUCAUGACACCCUUCAAAAAGAGAGCACUGGAGCUUUUGGAAUCCACAGCCAGCAACAGUGCACCAGGAUCGGGGCCCAGCUCGCCCAAUGGAGCCUGCAGUGCCUUGGGGGCUGAAAACGGACCCUCCUCUCUUCCAGUCACAACACGUACAGAGCGUUGGCCAUCACAGCCAAAGUUAUUAGGGCCUGAAUGCUCUAUGUCUAUGUUAAAUCUCUAUACUUCUCCAUCGCUGCCCAACAUCUCUCUGGGAAUGUCAGCUGCCUCCUCUCCCAUCAGUGCUGCUUUAGGACUUCAGGAGAAGCACGUUGAGGGUGGUGGGGUGUCAGCAGUCAUACAGGGUUUGCCCACCCAACUUCUGGGUCCAGUGCCCUUGUCUGUAGCUAUGGAGACCAAAGUGAGCAGCAGCCACCAUGCUCUCCUGCAGCAUCUACUCCAGAAGGAGCAACUUCGCCACCAAAAGAUCCUCUCUACAGGUCAAAGCGCUGUGCAUCCUCCCUCUCCGUUGGCCAUGAGGGACAUCUCUCCGAGCAGCACCCGGCCCAAACUGCCACGUCACCGACCCCUAAACCGCACCCAGUCUGCUCCACUGCCCCAGAGCAUGCUAGCCCAACUUGUGAUUCAGCAGCAACAUCAAAACUUCCUGGAGAAGCAGAAACAGUAUCAGCAACAAGUCCACAUCAACCAGAUGCUUUCGAAAUCAAUCGAGCAGCUUCGUCAGCCGAACGUCCACCUGCAGGAGUCAGAGGAAGAGGGAGAGGAUUUGCACGAGCAGGCCAUGCAGGAGGACAGCUCGCCCUCUGGCGGUGUGAUUCGGAAGUACUGCCCCGACAUCAAUGGCAGAAGCAGUUCCAGCUCACCCACUGAGCCACUGGACACUCACCCUGGGGUCAUCCGGGUGAAAGAGGAGCCCAUUGCCAGUGAUGAUGAAAUACUGGCCACUCAAAGCCUGGCAGACAAGCAAAGCUAUUACAUUCACCAGGUUAAAGGGAGGGUGGUGAUACAGGCCAUGAUAUGAAACAAGAAGCAUCAACAUACACACAACAUGUUGAAUAUGGUCACAAUGCAUGACAGAGCCAUUGUUUUGGGAGCUUCAGAACUGGUCUCAUUUGUGAAUUUGUGAAGUGAUCUCUGUAUUGUACGUUAGUAAGUUUUAUAUAUAAUUGAAGAAGAUGAGAUUUAGCCGACUUGGUCUUUUAAAUGCUAAGAAAAACAGUUUUUGAUUGUUAAAGUUUGUUGAAAUAAUUUAAGAAAUUAUCUUUCUACUUUCUAUCCGUCCUUUGAGGAAUUGCACCACAAAGCUCUUGAUGUAUAUAUUCUGUGAUUUUCCAUGGCACUAUGAAUUUGUAGAUUUUAUUUUGCUUUAUAAGAAUGUUAUUACAAAGCUAUUGUUUAUGUAUGGAGACAGUUGGUAACCAUCUAAAUCCACACAGCAAUAUGAUUAAAAGGAUAGUUUGCCUCAAUAUGAAAAUUCUAUCAUCAUUUAAUCACAUUCUUUCCUCCCUGGAACACAGAAGAAGACAGUUAAGCAGAAUGUGAACCUCAGUCACCAUUAACUUUCAUUGUGUGGAAAAAAUAUGCAAUGAAUGAGAAUGGUAACUGAGGCUAAGAUCCUUUUAUGUUCCAAGAAAGAUUGAUAGUCAUACAGGUUUGGAACAACACAAGGGUUUUUUAUUUUAUCACACUGAUAACAGUUGGGAUGAGUUCUGGAAAGCUCUAGAAUCACAUUCAUUCCUUGAUCUCCUGUGGCCCAAGUUGAAGCUGCCCGUGUUCGUGAGCAGCACUCUGCUCCUUGCUAAAUUUUGAGAGGGAGAGAGUUGUAGAGGAAAUGCCUGGUGGAAGCCAGGAAUCAGAAUGAUUCAUGAGUGGAGGAAUGCUGGGAGAGGACAGCUCCACGCUGAAGUCAGAGGGCCAAGUAGUGAGCUCUGAUUUAACGUUGAGGCAAAUUACAAAGUGAGUGUGGAGACAGUGUGUGUGUGUGUGUGUGUGUGGGGGGGGGGGGGGGCAUUUAAAACCAAUAAUUUUCUCUGUAUUCCCACAUGAUGUGUUUACCAUGACAUGCAGGCUUGAUGUUACUUCAGUAGAGAAAAUAAGGUCAUUGUUCUGUUCCCUCUUUUUAAUUCAAUCCUCUCCUGAGGUGAUUUUGCUUUUUGGCUGUCUUCAAGUGAUCAUUCAAGAAAUUUUCAACUUGUCAACUUUUUUCAUUUUGCACUUCUGGUGUACAAUUGUUAGUUUUUGCAUAUGAGAUCCUCAUAAAAACAACAACAGCAAAAAACUUACAGAGGAAAACGUGUUUAAUUGGUGUGAGCCAUCACUAUGUCUACAAAUAGCCUGUGAGUCAAACUGAGCUGGCCUGUUUCAGCCUUGUUGUCUGUUCCACUGUUCUGGACGUUAAUGAGAACUGUCCACUAGCGAUAGGAUGUCAUGUUUUGUUUUGUAACUGUAUGUGUUCCCUUCUUGCCUUCUGUCACAGAUUACCUUUUAUAAAUAAAGUUCUUUUUCCAU